AUGUUUGGAGGAGGAGACAAAGUCCCCAGCGUGGGCACCCUCGACAAGCCCGAGAACCUCGACACCCUCCUGCGCGAGGACCGCGGCGACGAUUGCAUGUCUUGCAGAGUCAUUGGAAGCGGCGCAUUCAUCGCGCUCGCGGGCUACAACUACGUCUCCGGCAUGAGCCACCUCGAAAGACAGCGCGCGAUGAUCCUCAAGUCCAAUUCGAUGUUCGGCCUGAGAAGCCGCAAGCUUGGUGUCGCUGGAAUCUCGAUGGGCUUGGCAUACCUGGGAAUCUGGAGAUUUCUUCGGUGA